AUGGCCAUGACUCUCCGCAGCGUCGUUGCCUUGGCUCUUGUGGCCUGCGCUGUGACCGAGGACAUCUCCCAAGAUGCUGCGGCGGCACUGGAAGCCCUGCCCCAGAGCUUCUGGGACAACUUCGUCUACUGCAAGUGUGGCCUUUCCUGUGCAGAGAAGGAUGGCUCCGUCGGCAAGGCAUGUGGCUGCCUGGUAUGCCCGCAGAGCAACGGCACCUCCCUGCGCGGCAGUCAGCCCGCCCAUGCCGAUGAGAAGGCUGCGGUGAGUGCUGAGACUGUGCAGGCCGGCAAGGGCCUUGAUGCUUAG